GGGUCUUGCUCCUGGUGGAGGCUGACAGUUCCGUGUUAUUGGCUGACAGCAGGUGGGAGACUCUUACCUGUACCUGAGAGAAGGAGUGCCAGUCGUCGUCGUCGUCUGAUUCCGAAUCAGGAUCUACUUUUUCUUCUUCCAGCCACCCUGAGAGGUAGAAAUCGGCCAGGACCGCUGGGAACUGAACGAGCGACUGCAACAGGACUCCGAGCAUGGAGCCUAUACCGUCGUGGAGCGAGGAGAGAGUGAGCAAGUGGCUCCAAGGUUUGGAUGCUCCCCUGCAUCAGUAUCCAGUUGCACAGUGGCAUCUAUCAGGUGUGGACCUGCUCCAGUUGACUUCUCAGGACCUGGAGGAGUUGGGAGUCCAUAAGAUUGGACACCAGGAGCUUAUACUGGAGGCUGUGGAGAAACUGUGCUCUCUGACUUAUGGUAUGGGCGGUGAGAACCUACGUGGUCUGAUAGAGAAGCUCCGCGCUGUUGCUCACAGCCUACAGAUGGGCAUCCAGGGCCGCUGGCGCCUCAACAGCUACGACGGACGGCGCACUAUCAAGCUGACUCCCACCAUUCUGCAUCUCGUAGUGGAACUCAUCGCCUCAGCCAAAGGCCUCUUCUCUUUGCUCAACAGAUAUCAAUUUUCCCAGCUCAAUUCAUACACCACCACCAAGAACAUAUUCAGUUACUGCAAAGAGCUGGGAGACAUUGUGCACAAGAACAGCACUGGCUACGAAAAAGAAAAGGACAUCAUCUCUGUCUGCCGUCAGUUGGUGGCGGUUUGUGACGAGAUCCUGAACUGCUGCCCCGAAGAGCUCCUCAAUCACACCGCUCAGCUGGAGAGUGUCGAACUGAUCCCCGUGUCACCCGGAGAUCAGCUGGGCAUCGAGAUAACAUCCACCAACUCCAUCAACCACUACGUGACUGGAACUGCCGCUGAGCCCUCUACUGAUGCCAACGUGAAGGUUUUGGCUGGAGAUGAAGUGAUCCAAGUCAAUGAUCAGAUAGUGGUGGGCUGGAGCAGAGUUAACCUUGUGAAGAAGCUGCGUGAGAAUCCCAGUGGAGUGACUCUCGUCUUGAAGAAGAUCCCUGGAUCAGUGCGACGCAACAACUCAGUCCCGCUCAUCUCUACACAGAAAGAAGAAGAGGACAAGGAGGAGAAGUCAGAGGAGGAAGAAAAGGACGAGGAAGAGGGUCCACGGCACUCAUUACUCGAGAGAGUGGCAGCAUCUGUCAGGUCCUUGUCUUUCAGACGAGCUGUUCAGGCGCCAGAGGUGCAACAGCAGCCCAUGGGACAGGAAGAAUCUGAAAUAUCCUCAGACAAGGAGCUUGAGGAAAAUCUGAGGCUCACUUCAUAUCAAAGCCGACAGGGGACGCUUUUGGCACCAGCAGGGUCAGAGAGCUUGACAGGUUCAAGGCUCUCACUAAAUCGCCUGAGAGACCGCUCGCCCUCGCCUGUAAGAACCAAACAGGAUAGAUCUAGCAUCAGUUCCUGCCCUGACAUGGUGGGACACACGGGGAACAAGGAUGGUAAGAAGACCUCCACUAAAGGAAAGACGACGGCUAUGAGUCGGCGUCGUGUGUCCUGCCGUGACUUGAGUCACCCUGACUGCGACGGUUGGCUCUGGAAGAAAAGAAAGGAGAGCAGUGUCUUCAUCGCGCAGAAGUGGCAACGGUUCUGGUUCGUGCUCAACGGGCCUCACAUUUACUGGUACAAGAGCCAACAGGAGGAGAAGGCAGAGGGGUUGCUUAAUAUAUCCAGCUAUGGCAUAGAGAGCGCUGGAGAGCACAAGAGAAAAUACGUAUUCCAAAUGUGCCACCCGAAAUUUCAGAACUUUAUUUUCGCAGCGGAUAAUGUCAAUGACAUGAGCAAAUGGAUAAACUGUCUGAUUACAGCCAUACAGAAGCACAAGAAGUUCAACAAAGGCCCAGAUAGGGAGGAAGAGUGUUACAGUGAAACUGAAUCAGAGAGCGAAGCAUCUCCUUCACCCCGCAGGAAAAACAAGAAGGUACAGUCCAGCACCCUGCCUCUCCCUAAGGGUAAAAACAGGGCGCCAUUACCCAGACCUACAACAGAGGGCAGCAAAGGAACAGAACCUGGUCAGGUAGAUGAGAUGGGCAUGAUGCUAAACAAUCUAAAGGAAGGGGGAGUUUCUCUGAUCGGCCACGAGCAGCCGUUCACGCACGACCACUUCAGGAAGUCAUUCAUUCGGCGCAACAAGAAUCCCAUCAUCAAUGAAAAGGCACUCACGCUCCGAGCUCUGCAAAGCACUCUAAAGGCCAAAGAAGCAGAGUUGCAGCAGAUCAACAAGAUCCUGGACGACUCCGAUCUGACACCUUCAAAGUACCGUCACUGGAAGGAGAACAACGAGGAACUGUUCAAGGAAAUUGAGAAACUGGUCGCGCUCAAGGCCUCCAAAGCAGGGGACGAUGCACCUGAGCAGGACACACCUACUGAGGAGGUUGCCCUAGAAACUGUUGCCAAGGAAACAGCCGCCGCAGAGGCGGAAGGCGCAUAUAGACUAAGCCUUAGCGAUGGGGAGCAGUUAGUCGAUGCAGAGCCAUCUGAUGUUCUUCUGGAGAUGUCACAAGCGUCUCCGAGCACAGACAGCAGCCCAGUAUUAGAACUCUCUCUCGGCUCGCUCCAGGAUUCAAUAAACAAACAGCUGAGUGAAAUGGCACAAAGUGGAGACACUUCAGAGAGCUACUUCUUCAUUUAAAGCCGCACCAGUUCAAAGUUGCUCUGUUUAAUAACAGUUAAUAAUGUCAGACAAAUGAAAGAUUUUCUUCAUGCAACAAUGUGAGACAGCACAGAGGGGUUUUUUCCAUUAGGAGUAGUUAAAAUGGCCACAAAAUCAAAAAAUGUUCAAUCAAGCAUGUCAGUGAAAUACAUCAGUACAUACUUGUUUGUCUUUUUGUUUAGGAAACAAAUUUCGAUAAAUGACGAGUUUACAACAGCAAAGAGAACAUGAAAUACCAAGUGUCACAGUCUCAGUUUGGUAUAUAUUUAUAUAAUUUUAAAAUCUUCUUCUUCUUCUUCUGUGGUUAAAGAUACCAUCAAGUAUGACUUUGCUUGAAACUUGUGAUAUAAGUUGUACCUUUUGCAAUGUGAUAUGUAUGUACAGUUUUACUAUAAAUACUCUAUGUAUUUGUUUAUUGACAUUACCUUAAUAAAGGUCCAUGUGAAUA